AAGGGCGCAGAGGAGAUAUACCGGGAUGCUGGUUUGGCGCGCAUAUUUCGCGAGGAUAAGAUGAUGAACCUCCCAGAGAAGAAUCCUUCUGAGUAUGAGGCCUUCAAGACAGGCCAAUUCUCAGUGCAGCUGUCAAGUAACAUCCCCUUCGGGCAGAUCCCUGUGGACCAGGCUAUUGAAGCCACAGUGAACAAAGACACACAGACUCCUGGAGACACAUCACGGUUCAGUCUGAAUGCUGGAGCUAUCAAGCGUUACUACAUAACAGCUGGGCACUGCAGUGCAUUCCUGGGACAGUUAAGGGAGAUGGUGCAAGGCAACAAAUCAGAGCUUUUUCAUGUGGAGCUACAGCGGCCAAGAAUCCAGAAAUAUGAGGAAGCAGUUUCAGCAGUGGUUAGCCUCAUACAUGAAUGGGUCAACCCAUUUGCAGAGAAGUGGGACCUCAUUAACAUCUCUAUGGCAAAGGCAGCCCCCAAGGAUAUUGCCUUCAACCUGAUGAAGGCAUAUAAGAUUGGUGAGCAAUGCUAUGCAACCUUCAAGGAUGAGAGACUAGAGGAAGACCCACCAGCAAAGAAAUUCCAUGACCCAAUGAAAACCAACAAGCUGAAAACAUUCAGUGAUAUGCGUAAGAAGAGAAGUGAAAUCAAAUGGGAGGGCGAUCAUCUUGAAAGCAGACAGGUCUGUGUUUGGACGCAUCAUAGUGAUGGCACAAGGGUGCAGUCUACUUAUGGAGGAUAUCCUUUCUCAUCCCCUUGGACCAUUUCCCUGAGCCCUGUCCACACCAGACGGAUUGCUGAGAAAGACAAAUAAAGCUACUUUAGCACAACCUUGCAGAAAAAUGUAGCAGUAGAAGAGAAACUCCCAAGAAACUCUGCUACAGUGGUUGACGGAAUGAACCUGGUGCUGUCACGUGACCGGCAACAAUGAAUAUAGAAAUGAGUCAGGUUUUAUAAACAAAUAAAUAUUUAUUAAACUCAGCUCAAAAUUAGUAAAAAGAUAAACAAAUGAAAACCUGAGCCGGAAGUAAACUGCUAUGUGGCCAUUUAACAAACCGUUAAACUCAGUAAGAGUCU